UUACCUUGGGCAACAAGACGUUACUUAAAAUGGAAAUCUAGCAAUAUCACACCAAACGUUAUAAAGCAAUGUAUACAUCGAUCCGGAUUUAGAUUAACCAAAGGUGUAAACGAAUGGCUCGGCUACUGGGGAAAACAUAUGAAAUCUGAAAUGUUUAAGACUGUUAAAGAGUAUCAAAAAGUUAAUCACUACCCAGGAUCUUUUCAAAUUGGUAGAAAAGAUAGGUUGUGGAGAAAUAUGUUUCGGAUGCAAGCAACAAAUGGUAGAGCGGAGUUUGGCUUUGUUCCUCAAACUUAUGUUUUACCGCAAGAUAUGAAGCACUUAAAGCAGAUAUGGGACGAUAGUGGAAAACAAAAGUGGAUAUUAAAGCCGCCUGCCUCCGCUCGUGGCAACGGAAUUAAAGUAAUUAAUCGUUGGGCUCAAAUUCCUAAGAAGAAACCUGUUCUUGUUCAAAAAUAUUUAUCACGUCCUUAUUUAAUUAAUGGCUGCAAAUUUGACUUAAGAGUUUACGCGUAUGUUUCAUCUGUGGAUCCAUUGCGAAUUUACAUCUUUGACGAUGGGCUAGUCAGAUUUUGUACAGUAAAAUAUUCUUCCUCGAUGAAAUUUUUAUCCAAUCGUUUCAUGCAUCUCACCAAUUACAGUAUUAAUAAAUUUAACCAAGAUUUUACUCAAAAUGACGAUGCUGAUAUUUGCCAAGGCCACAAAUGGAGUCUUAAAGCCUUAUGGGAUUUCAUGAAGAAAGGAGGCAUUAAUACGGAUAAUAUUUGGAAAGCUAUCCAAGAUAUCGUUACCAAGACAAUCAUUUGCUGUGAGCCAAGUAUGUAUACACUAGUCAAAGCUAAUGUAAAAAAAGAAUGGUCCUGUCACGAAUUGUUUGGAUUCGAUAUCAUAUUAGACGAUAAAUUGAAGCCAUGGCUGCUUGAAGUCAAUAUUUCCCCAAGUCUGCAUUCAAAUUCAACACUUGAUCGUGAUAUAAAAGGAGCAAUGGUCCGUGAUUUACUAAAUGUAGCUUGUUUCCCAGUACCUGAUAAGAAAACAUUUCGAACCAAUUCAAACAAUGCCGUAACCAAUAAUACUGAACGACGAUUUCAUUACGGGCAAUUAACAGCCGAUGAAAAAGCAAAGCACUUAUUUUAUGUUCAGAAACACUUAGACGGGGUACCUACGAUCUUAGAUAUCUUAACUGCUGAUGAUAUAAGAGUUCUAAUGGAAGUUGAAGAUGAGUAUAAUAAACGUGGAAGAUUUCAAAGAAUAUUUCCUUCACUGGAUGCCAAAUACGAUAAAUAUUUUGAGCAAUCGCGUUACUAUAACAUUUUGGCCGGCGAGUGGUAUCGGAGAUAUCGCAGUAAUUAUCAUGCUAGAGCAGUUUCAUUAUUACAAAUAUAUUGCAAACGUGGUCUACAUCUUCAUAGCGAAAGUUCGGAUGGAACUCACAAGGUAUAA